AUGGGCUACCAGGGGCAGCUGCCAGUCAUCCCGCCGCAGGGAGCUCGAGAUGACAGAGAAACCCUGGUUUCUGAACAUAAUCAUAAAGAGAAAACUUGUCGUCAGUCUGCUGCUGUUUUUAAUGUUGUCAACUCCAUCAUAGGAUCUGGUAUAAGUGGAUUGCCUUAUUCAAUGAACCAAGCUGGCUUUCCUCUGGGAAUAUUGCUUUUAUUCUGGGUUUCCUAUGUUACAGACUUUUCCCUUGUUUUACUGAUAAAAGGAGGGGCCCUCUCUGGAACAGACACUUACCAGUCGUUGGUCAAUAAAACCUUUGGCUUUCCUGGCUACCUUCUCCUCUCUGUUCUACAGUUUUUGUAUCCUUUUAUAGCUAUGAUAAGUUACAACAUAAUAACUGGAGAUACUUUGAGCAAAGUUUUUCAAAGAAUCCCAGGAGUUGAUCCGGAAAACUUGUUUAUUGGUCGCCACUUCAUUAUUGUGCUUUCCACAGCUGUCUUUAACCUGCCGUUAUCGUUGUACCGAGAUAUAGCAAAGCUUGGAAAGAUAUCCCUUAUUUCUACAGUUUUAACAACUCUGAUUCUUGGAAUUGUAAUGGCAAGGGUAGUUUCAUUGGGUCCACACAUACCCAAAACAGAAGAUGCCUGGGUAUUUGCAAAGUCUAACGCCAUUCAGGCUGUUGGUGUUAUGUCAUUUGCAUUUAUUUGCCACCAUAAUUGCUUCUUAGUUUAUGGUUCUUUGGAAGAACCAACAGUAGCUAAGUGGUCUCGUAUCAUCCAUGUGUCUGUCUUGGUUUCUGUAUCGAUCAGUAUGCUAUUUGCUACCUGUGGAUACUUGACAUUUACUGGCUUCACACAAGGAGAUUUAUUUGAAAACUAUUGCAGAAAUGAUGACCUGGUAACAUUUGGAAGGUUUUGUUAUGGAGUCACUGUCAUUUUGACAUACCCGAUCGAAUGCUUUGUGACUAGAGAGGUAAUUGCCAAUGUGUUUUUUGGUGGGAACCUUUCGACAGUUUUCCACAUUGUCAUAACAGUAGUUAUCAUUACUGUAGCCACACUUGUGUCACUGGUGAUCGACUGCCUUGGAAUAGUGUUAGAGCUCAAUGGUGUGCUCUGUGCAGCUCCUCUGAUUUUCAUCAUCCCAUCAGCAUGUUAUCUAAAACUGUCUGAAGAGCCAAGGACACACUCAGAUAAGAUUAUGUCCUGUAUCAUGCUUCUCAUUGGUGCCGUGGUGAUGGUUGUUGGAUUCGUCAUGGCUGUCACACAUCCUCAAGACUGCACCCACGGACAGGAAAUGUUCUACUGCUUUGCUAACAAUUUCUCCCUCACAAAUGUCUCAGUUUCUCAUUUUCAACUGACAACACAACUUUCAGUUUUAAACAUCAGUAUCUUUCAAUGAGCUGACUGCUUUGAACAAUACACGUUUUCCUAGACUUCUAAAACACAUCAUUACAUUCAUACACAUUCUCGUCUGUAUUUACAUUAUAAAAUUAUCAUGAUGGCAA